AUGCACUCAACAAUCAUAUUCGUGGAGAGGUCAGCACCAGCAACAAUAACGGCUUUUCACGACAUAUUGUCUAAUGAGCUGAUAUCCAUCAAAGAGAAAUGGUCAUUCGAGUUCAAGACCUUCCGUUUAACGGUUAAGAAUCUUCUUCCAGAUAGCACGAGGCUUAUGCAUUCCAUAACCCUCAGUCAUAUGGAGAACAAGAGUGUGAUAGUCAAGAACAAAUCUGCCAUUGUAACGUCGGUUGCUCAAGGAGGUCUUUUAGAGGGUCUCACUCUAAAUGGAUGUUCUUCAGGGGUGUGUGAGAGCUUUGACAAUCUUUUAGCGUCUAAGUUAUCAAAUUUGUGGACUCAAAGACAGAGUAUAAAAGGUGAUUUUGGAAGUACUUACCAAACAACGGAGCUGGUCAUCAGAGCUACUAAUGUGUUCUCGUAUGGUGGAUUUAAAGGCUUGUUGAUAGAAAUCAUCUGUGAGGAUGACGUAUCGGACCAAGAGUUCGAACAGAGAGUAUCAAAAAUACGAAAUUAUUUGAAGGAGAUUUCAAUUGAGGACUACAAAAUCUGUGGCGACUUUAUGAAUCCACAAAAGCGGGAUUUUAUUUGUGACCUGGCUCACCAGUACAUAAGAGUUCUAGAAUUAUAG